UGUCGGCCACAUCCAGCUUCAUUGUAGUCUAUUCAUAUAGUGAAGAAAUUGGAUGCCAAAAUACUGAUGAUUUUCUAACUUUAUAACUGUUUUAUUGUACCAUAAACUAGUAACUGUUUGCUUAAAGCAAUAGCUAUACUUGUGUGAUUUACAGUACAAUAGUAAUUGUGGAUUUCUUAGUAACUAUUAUAUCUUAGGGUUCCUGAUAUGAAUAAUGUUAAAGGAAUCAUUAACUACCGUAACCUCCUAAUCAAAGUGAAAAAUCCAAUGUCUGAAAUGAUCUGCAAUUUCCUACAACGCAUCAUGUCAAACAUCAUUCAUUUCCAGUUACAGAAUGCUCAGGAUUUUGUGCCUCGGGCUUUAUGGUGUCCUUGGAAGAUACUCCACACACACUUAAGUGGCGGUCUGAAGACAAUGCUUCGUUGACACUCAGAGGCCCGGGGCUGCCGUGGGUCGGGGAAAAAAUGAACGCGCCCUCUGCAACCUGGCACGAAAUCGUCACAACAGGACCAGGGUACUGCGUCUUUGCCCCAUCACUCCGAGCCGACAAGAGCUGUGGUCCUGAGCAAUACCUCGAAGUGGAGACAGAGAGUCCAGCAUCUUGGGAGUUGAACUGUGACAAUUCCUCGUGUGGCUGUUACACACAGCGACUGAUCUCGCUGCGUUUGCCCCUGGGAGAAACCAACAGCUUGUCCUGGUGGCCUGGCACAGCCACGGGCCUGCGAAUAGUUGCACCUGGACUGUGGAAGAUGCUUCAGCUUGAUGAAUCGGCCAGACACCGUUGGCAUGAUCUUACUAUCCAGCCUGAAUAUAAUGGCACUUCGUGCAGUUUUGCCAGCACCAGUCUUGGAAAGACCCUCGCCUGCAACCUUGAGGUUACAUCUUUAUCAACCAUAUAUAUUCAGGGUAGCAAUGCCAACGGCUGGACGCCAAGCCACUGGUCCUUCGGUUGCACGGACGUUCCACAGGUGUGCUUGGAAACGACGAAGGAUCACACUUCACCCACCAACUCACAUCAACGACGAAAAGGAUGAACAUCACAGAAAAUUCAAUGGUAACAAAGAGCUAUCAGUAAAUUAUCUUUCAAAGCGAAAGCAACAGCAAAAGGUAUAUGAUACUUUCAAAGGUACUAGUGUGUGUGUGUGUGUGUGUGUGUGUGUGUGUGUAUGUGUCCGUGCAUGCGUGUGUGUGUGUGUGUGUGUGUGUGUGUGUGUGUGUGUGUGUGUGUGUGUGUGUGUGUGUGUGUGUGUGUGUGUGCGUGUGUGUGUGUGUGUGUGUGUUUGUGUGCGUGCGUGCGUGUGUAGGCUAUGUAGCCAAGUAAUGUAAGAUUUAUUGGAGGUUAGCUCUAUAUUCUCCCAAGAUUCUAGCCACGAAGAUCCUACGUGGUGCUCGCCUGGCAAGACAAGCACCGCCAUCCAGCAUCUUUAGCUUCCUAGGUGACUUGUGUGAUAACAAUCUAUUGGUUAAAUUUCUCCUUAGCCUAAGGGAGUUGAAACCCCAUUGCUGGCGCGCCCUCAACUCUCGAGCCAAGCUGGAUCAUCGCGACAGCAAGUUCGCUCCCUCCGGCUUCUAAAGACACCGCCGGGUUCUAUGGCUAAUUCAAUAAAGGAAUCCGCACU